CGGAGGAGGAGGAGGAGGAGGAGAGACGGACGGACGGGCACGAAUUCCUCAGCGCUCCUCAGAUUUCUUUGCCUUCUCGCGGACCUCCUGCUCGCCUCCGUCCCGACAAACACCCAGACCAGCAGCUCCCCUCCGCCCGGCUCAUUGUCCAGCUCUCCUUCCACGAAAAUGAUGUUGUCUAGAAGUGUCGCCGCGCUGCUUCUGCUGGCCGCGGCCGUCUGCAACGCUCAGGAGCAGCAGAGCAAGAGCAAAGUGUGUGCCAACGUGUUCUGUGGGGCCGGCAGAGAGUGCGCCGUGAACGAGAAGGGGGAGCCCAGCUGUCUGUGUAUAGAGAGCUGUAAGCCCCACAAGAGGUCAGUGUGUGGCAGCAACGGGAAGACCUACAGGAACCACUGUGAGCUCCACAGAGACGCCUGUCUGACUGGCCUGAAGAUCCAGGUGGCCCACGAUGGACACUGCCAGGAAAAGAAAUCAGAGCAGGCUGCUGCCAGCCCAGUGGUGUGCUACGCUGCUGACCGCAACGAGCUGAGGAGUCGUGUGAUCCAGUGGCUGCAGACCGAGGUCGUCCCAGACGGCUGGUUUGUCAAGGGAUCCAACUUCUCUGACAUCCUGCACAAGUACUUCAAGUCAUAUGACAACGGUGAUUCUCAGCUGGACUCCUCAGAGCUGCUCAAAUUCAUCCAGCAGAAUGAGUCGGUUGUGGAGCUGCAGUCCUACGCAGACCAGGAGAGCAACAAGCUGCUCAGGAGCCUGUGCGUCGAUGCCCUCAUUGAGCUCUCUGAUGAGAAUGCUGACUGGAAGCUGAGCUUUGAUGAGUUCCUCAACUGCCUGAAGCCCGGCUUCAAUCCACCAGAGAAGAAAUGUGCCUUGGAGGAUGAGACGUAUGAGGACGGAGCAGAGACCCAGGUCGAGUGUAACCGCUGUGUGUGUGCAUGUGGCAACUGGGUGUGCACUGCAAUGACCUGCACUGAUAAAACAGCAGCUGUGGAUGAGUCAACAGACACCGGGGCAGAGAUGACUGAGGAAGAGUGGAACCUCCGUGUGGCUGAGCUCAACAAGCACCAGGAAACAGUUGAGAAGAUGAAGAGCAGCACAAAGGAGGCCUAAACAAGGACGCAGUGACAGAGAGGAUGCACGUCAUCACCCUUCCUCCAUACUUGAUUUACCUGGCGGCCAUGUGUUGUUGAUGUUAAACUGACUUUUUCAUGUUUCUCUGCUAUGUUAAUUAUUAUACUUUUUUUUUUUUUACAUUGUUUAAGUGUUUGUGUUGAUGUUUGUUAGAUGCAGGGGCAAUCAAAGAGUAUCAUAGGAUUCCCUUAUGUUCAGUACUGUCAUAUUUGAUUGUAUUGUUGGGCCUCUACACUAGACCUGGGGCUAUUUUUACUACAAUUCUUAUAUUUUUACAGUUACUAUGAGAAAAAAAAAACUGUCAAGUUGUCACUGUUUUGGAGUAUGGAAGUCAUUGUUUGAGAUGGGUGAGGUUAGGAGCUCAGAGAAUCCAGCUGGGGCGUGUGAGUACAGAGAAAGCUCACCACUCGACACCAGGUGCUGCGUGUUUCUCCACAUCGUCACAGGUUUUUAUGUUCGGGAUGUUGGUCAGAGAAGCUGGGACAAGAGCACAAAGCUACAGUGAUUUUGUUGCCGUGUAGAACUGCCACAGUAGGCCACUACUUGACCGAUGCACUUCUCUUUAUUUUUCCCUCGCUUUCUUCGGCUUCAGUUUAUCACGAGCCUGAAAUUUGUUUAUAUCUUACCGCUGAAGUAAUCAUUGUGCUGCAAAAAUGUUUGCUUCUAUGUACAGUAUGUUAUUGGCUUGAGUUGGAAUUUAAUCUUGUUCCCAUGUUAUGCUCAGGCAAGUCUCUCUGGUGCUUUUUUAAUUUCUCCGUCUUACAUAUCUGAGAUGAAGACGUAGCGGUUCCAUCUUCUCUCACCCAGGUGAGACCUGAUCUGAACACAGCAUGGUGAAUACUGAAACCAAAGUCUUGAUGUUUGAAUGAAUUGCAAAAUCCUCCAGGUAAAACAUUACUCUGGACCCAGCAACAACACUAUACCUGUGCUUUCAAAAUUAUCCUAACAGAAGGACUAGCCUCACUGUCAGCUAUAGUAGCUUAGACGCAUCAAUAACUGGGUGCAUUUAAACUGAGUGUGUGUGUGUGUAUGCUUGAUUUUGUGUGUGUGCGCGCUAUGAAAGUGUGAUGCUGAGAGUAGUUUUGUUUGUUUAAUGUGUAUUUGUUUAAAUCCUGUAUCUAGAUUGGGAGGUUUGACAAUAUAAAAUCAGUGCCUUAGACCUGCAAAAACUAAAGGUCUCUACCAUUGCCUGCUAUUAUGCCACACGGCAUGGGACGAAUGAGUGUGCUUUACUGAAGUUUAGCAGUGAGCUAGUGCUUUGUGACUCUAUCCCUGAUACAUGUCUGUGUGAAAGUUGCAUUACUAGUUCAAGCAAAAUCUUUAUACUCCACUAAAAGUGCAGAGACUGUAAGGUAUGUUUGCCAAUAAAGCCCAUACACCACAACA